CAUUCACUGUACUCACAGAUUUGAAAAACAGACCGGACUUGGUUGUUUGGAAGACUCUGAACCGCUGCUCUGAGCCUCAGUUUGUUUUUUUGACAUAGUGAUUCUUGCUCUUGAUUUACGGGGUUAUUUUGAGGAUUAUUUUAAGUAAAGAUAUGAAAGCAUAUUGAAAAGUAGAACACGUCCUGCUAUAGUGUUAUAAAAAAAAUUUAAAAAGAAAAUCCAAAAUAAACAGUUACUGUGAUGUCUGUCUCACUUAUUCCGCACCCGUUUCUGGCGCUGAGCCAGGCCCCGCAGAAGAGGAUGAAAGCGGCCCGGUGCCAGAGCGCAGCAGCCGGAGAGGCGGGGACGCAGGUAGAGGCGCUCUGAUUUUGGGGAGCACAAACCAACCUUCAUACCGGUCUCUGUGUUUAAAAGUGUUCAUGGCUGUGGCUGCAUCAGACCCCAACCCUGAGCCAGUGAGGAAGCACCUUGUCUGUGAAUGUCUACUUAUUUUGUGGAAGAGCCGUGUAGAUAAGUGGAGAAUUCACACUAAAGGCAAAACAUUACAUGGGGCUACGGCCUGUUGAUUUUUGAGGAGGUACUCGGCUAAGACACCAGCGCCAGCUGCACCUGGCCAGGAGUCUAGUUUCCUUGUGGGAAGUCUCGUGGAUUUGACUUGGCUGCUGCACCCCCAGGCAGGGACAUGGCUGCAGGGGACAUGGCCUCGACCCGGCUGGGGGCCAGGAGGCAGCACCUCCGUCCACUGAAGAGGAGGGGCUUGGUGCUGCUGAGACUCACGGCCAUCAUCUUUGCUCUGCUUCUCUUUUGUGAAUUUCUAAUCUAUUACCUAGUGAUCUUCCGGUGCAGUUGGCCUGCAGUGAAAACUUCCGCAGAUGCCGGAGGACUCGGGACCCCUGAGCCUGUGCUCAGGGUCAUGUUCUUGGCUGACACCCACCUGCUCGGGACUGUGAGAGGCCACUGGCUGGACAAAUUACGGAGGGAGUGGCAGAUGGAGCGAGCCUUCCAGACGGCGCUGUGGCUGCUGCAGCCCGGAGUCGUCUUCAUCCUGGGAGACGUCUUUGACGAAGGGAAGUGGAGCUCCUCCCAGGCCUGGGCAGACGACGUGGGGCGCUUCUGGAAGAUCUUCCGACACCCGCCCCAUGUGCAGUUGAGGGCUGUGGCCGGCAACCAUGACAUCGGCUUCCAUUACCAGAUGAACACAUACAAAAUAAAACGAUUUGAGAAAGUUUUCAACCCUGAAAGGCUGUUUUCUUGGAAAGGAAUUAACUUCUGUGUCCCAGGGACACAGUCGCCAGUGGACAGCACAGGUGGCCCAUGGCUGAUCUCCUGCCCUUGCCUCAGUUUCGUGAUGGUUAACAGCGUUGCACUGGAAGGGGAUGGCUGUGACAUUUGCUCUGGAGCAGAGGCUGAGCUCCUGGAAAUCUCUCACCGGCUGAACUGUUCCCGGGAGCAGGAGCAUCGCCCCCAAGAGUGUGGAGACGGGCAGCAGCUGCCGGCCUCGGCCCCCAUCCUCCUGCAGCACUUCCCGCUUUACCGGAGAAAUGACGCCAACUGCUCCGGGGAUGAUGCGGCACCCCCCGACGAGAAGUACACCCCCUUCAAGGAGCGCUACGAUGCGCUCUCCCAGGAGGCCUCGAGGAAGCUGCUGUGGUGGCUCCGGCCGCGCCUGGUCCUCAGUGGCCACACGCACAGCGCCUGCGAGGUCCUGCACGGGGCCGGCGUCCUGGAGGUCAGCGUGCCAUCUUUCAGUUGGAGGAACAGAAACAACCCCAGUUUCAUCAUGGGCAGCAUCACGCCCACAGAGUACGCCCUUGCCAAGUGCUACCUGCCCUGCGAGGACACGGUUCUGACCACGUACUGCACGGCGUUCGGGGGCCUCGUGCUCCUCACGUUAGUCCAUGCUGGGCUUGUAGCCUCACCUUUUCAUUUCGGUUGGAACAUGCUCAGAAAAUUUAAGACCACGUGAGUAGCAGGAGACGUUCUGCACUUAGUAGUAAGUCCUGAACCCAACGAAACUGAACUUCGGGCACUGCUUAUGGAGGGCGAGACCAAAGUGGGCCAUGGGCACAGCUCGUAGGAUCUGGGUUGCUGGUGCAGAGUCCUGCAGAAUCAAUAGUUGAUUGUGCUGUUCUCACGCUGCGAAAAUGGGACUUGUCUCUACAGCAGGUCUGUCUUCUAGUUUUAUCAAAUAUAUGUGUAAUCAAAGAUUGUGUCUGUACAGUGUGUAAAAGCUAUGAAUGUCAUCACUUGCAUGCACUAGACAGCCUUCCUUCCCCAAGACGGAGGGUUGGCUGUUCACAAAUGCUGGGUUUGAUUCUGUCCUCCUAUGAGUAGUUCUCAAGUUCUUAUAUUUUAUAAAGCUGUAUACUUAAAAUAAAAUACAGAUGCUACGAGCAGGAAUACAUUGUUCUCAAGACUUUUGUAUUUCUGUGCUAAAUUAAUGGAAUCAGAUUUUUAUUAAUUAAUUAAUUAUUUUUGGCUGCGCCACGCAGCAUACAAGAUCUUAGUUCCCUGACCAGGGAUCAAACCUGUGCCCCCUGCAGUGGAAGCACAGAGUCUUGACCACUGUACCGCCAGGGAAGUCCCUGGAAUCAGAUUUUUAGGUGAGUGUAAUUUUCUCUCCAGCAGACCAAGUUGUCAAAUUUGAAUUGAAUGCCUGUCAGUGAUCAAAAGAAAC